CGACCAGAUUCGCGUCGUCUAUCGUUGUUCUGAAAUCAAUUUUUUAAAUCUAUUGGACUAAUACAUGCACGCACUUUGACUCGUUGUCAUUUUCAUGUCGUUCUCGUUUCAGGGCUCCGUCCAAUCCUUGGCAUUCUCCCCCUGCGGCCGAUAUUUGGCCAGCGGGGGUUGGUGCGGUGCUGUGUGCUUGUGGGAUCUUGGCACUGGACAUCAGGUUGGCCAACUUGGCGGCUACUCAGCGUCUACGAGCCAGCCUCGAUCGGAUCCCUCCGCAUCCUCACCAAUGGAUGAAUCAAGCUGUUGGUUGACUGGACCAGUGGUCACCUUGGCCUAUUGUCCGGACAACUCUGGCCGCUUGGCUGCCGGGGGCUUGGACGGUGUGGUUCGCAUUUGGGACACGAGUGGUGGACGAUGCACAACGCGUACAUCCGCUCCAUCCGAUAAAGCACAGUCAGUGUCCCCUUCUGGUCUUGUCGGAAUGCAUCGUUCGUCGAAACAGCAAAUCGCUCGAGGUCAGACGACAAGCAUGAUAAAUCCCAACUAUUCCAGUUACUAUUCCUCAGUCACGGGGCCUACGGUAUCAACCAAGUGUCUUCAGGAGUGCUUCUUCACUCGACGCACUUCUAUUCUCAAGCUGCAGUACUUGCACCCCCAUCUCCUGCUCGCCGUUGGACCGUAUAAUCAGAACUGACAGACAGCACCGUCAUAUAUGUGGCUGUUCUCGUAUCUUUCUACACACCUAUCGGUCGGAGAAUGAUUUGGUACGAUCGAAUGGGGCGUAGUCGCUUCUUGUAUAUAUUUCCCAAUAAAAAAUGUGAACUGUGUAUUUCCUAACAUCUCUACUUACCCUCAUCGUAACUACAUCCAUUCUUCGUGCUCCGCGACUAUACUAGAUACUGUAAAGAACCAGUAAAAUGAUAAAUCCGUGUGUAUCUACAUUUGAAAUACCGCAGAUACCAUGACCUCUUAUGCAAGCGAGCUUUCCGGAUAUUUCACUUAGGCAGUGUUUGGCAAGGAAUCUUUUUAAUUACCAAUCCAAUUUUGCCUCAACUACAUGCGGCGGUAAGUUGUUUCAUAUUUUUCCGCAUCGUUUUCAUUUCCGUCUACUUCAACGAUUUUUGAGGACUAGGUUCCAUCAAAGAGGGACCAUAAUCAGUUGAAGAGGACACUUGUGAAAUCGCUCCCACUUAUGGGGCCGUGUACCGUCCGUCGGUAAAUAUACAAAUUUAUUUAUUUA